AAUAACAUCAUUAGAUCUUCCGAAUAAUACUAAUUAAUCCGUAUAAUACAAAUUAAUUCCAAUUCUUUUGUUAAUCAUCAAAGUAAUUAAGAAAACAAAGAAAACAAAACAAAUUCCAAACAUUAAUCAAUCCGAGGAUGACGAUUCGAGCUUGAAUCUCCUUCAAUCUCUCAAACUAAAGAGCAAGAGGAAGAAGAAGAACAGAGAAAUGGAAGAUCGUCCUCAAAGGUAUGCAGAAGCUAUUGAUCCAUGCCUUUCCGAAGAGGAAGAUGGUGAAACGUUGCAAGGAGAAGCUCCGAAAAUAUUGUUGCAUUAAUUAAUUACGUUUGGGAUCUUCCACCACCUUUAACCAAUUUUUCUGUUAACUCUUGACAUUUUUUUUAGAGCUUUAUACAUUUUUCUUUAUAUCAAAACCAGGGGCGAAGCCGCAUGGCCCCCCGGCCUUUAAAAUAUAAAAUUACAUUUUAGGCUCUUAAAUUUUAAAAAAAAUAUUUAAAUUAAUAAAGAUAAAAUUUCAUUUUAGCUCCUCCUAAAAUUAUAAAAAUUUGAUUUAAUCCUUUACAAAUUAUAAAGAUAUAAACUAUAAAAAAUUAAAAUUUUAUCUGGCCCCCCUAAAAAUUUUUUUUGGCUUCGCCCCUAAUCAAAACUAUAUAUAUAUAUGUGUAUAUAUAUAUAUAUGUAUAUACUAGGUCCUAAAAGGCCGAUGGAUGCCAGACUUAGUUCAACAAAAGAAUUAUAUUAUGAUGUAUUAAUUUAAAGCAGAAACUAAAUCACAAAAAUGUUAAAAGUUUUGUGGUCUUAGUAUAAAUAUUUAAAAUUUGUGAUGUCAAAAUGCAAAUAUGAAAAAAUGAGGGACCAAAAGUACAAAUAUCCCAGAGGUUGAAAGUACCAAAAUGUGGAAUAUAUUGGUAUAUGAUGACUAAAUUGAAUAAGUGAAGAAAUGAGAGUUCUAAAUUGUAGUAUUUCCAGAAGUGAAGAAUGACUUGAGGGUGGAAUUGUAGAAAAUUAUGAGGAGCAAACUGGUUAUAUUAUGACAAUAAUUAGUGAAUAUUUGUUGUUGAAAUUUUAUUGGUUAAAAUAUUUUUAUUAUUUUAUUAUAAUAUAUUUUGUUAUUAAUUAAUAGUUAAAUAAAAAGAAGAAGAUAAAAGAAAUUAUCAUCAUCUUCUCCAUCAUUCACGCAACGACCAUGAAAGAUAAGAAGUUUUGUAAGUUAUUAAAUUUAGUUCUUUCCAUCAAAAACCAUUUUUUUGUGAAAUGUGGAAUGAGUUUAAUGUAAAGCAAAAGAAAGCUAUGGGCAGCUAUAGAAUUGCAGGUUUUUGUCAAGUAUGUUAUUGUCCUUAUUGAGCAGGCGCUCAUUGGAGGCUGAUUCCAGGGACGCCUAUGGAUUUGCUGUGAGACCUCAGAAUAUACAAACAUAUAGAGAGUACCUUGAUAUCUACAAGCAAGAGGAAGAGGAAAGAAUAGAGAAAUGGAAGAUCUUCCUCAAACGUAAUGCAGAAGCUAUUGAUCCAUGCCUUUCCGAGGAGGAAGAUGGUGAAACGUUGCGUCUUCAGGAAGAAAAUAAACAGACCUUACCUGCAGAAGCUCAUGAGGUAAAUGAAGAUGCUUCUAUUGAGGCAAGUGAAGAGACUGCAUCUAAGAAGCAAUACGAGGUGACCUUGCAGACUGAAGCUACUCAAUUGAAUAAAGAUGCUGCUUCUGAGGAAUGUAAGGUGACAUUACAAGGUGAAGUGACUGAAGUGAAAGACGAGGUUGAUUCUUCGGAAAUAAAUAAAGAUACAUCAGAGACUGAAGCCACUGAGUUAAAAGAGGAGGCUGAUACUGCCGGUUUAUCAGAAAGUGACACAGGAAGGCCAAAUUCUCAUUCAAUGGUAAAUGCAAGAGAAAAGGAGAUGAAACUUAUAGAAGAAACAAAGACUCGUAAGGUCAACAGAUGGGCUAAGACCAGACCAGCUCUUCGUGCCAUUGAGAAUUUGAUGAGUUUAAGGUUUAAGAGGAAGAAUAUGAAAAAUAGGAAUAUGAAUGCAAGUGAAUGCCAUCUUCCAUCAGGAAAAAAGGCAAGAUCUUCAGAAAGAGAGUCUGAGGUUGAGUUUGAAGAAAAGGUAUGUGUGAAUGAGAUCUCAGCUACCGAAGGAAGUAAUGCAAACAACGAGGCUUAUGAUGAAUCUUUUUUUCCUUGGAAAGAGGAGCUGCAGAGCCUUGUUCAUGGAGGAGUGCCAAAGGAUCUAAGAGGGGAGGUAUGGCAAGCUUUUGUAGGUGUUAAGGCACGGCGAGUGAAGAGAUAUUACAAUGAUUUGCUGGCUCAAGAAAACAAUGAUGAUGAUGAUCAGCAUAGUAACUCACCUGGUGUGUUUAGAAAAUGGAGAAAGCAGAUUGAGAAGGAUUUACCCCGGACUUUUCCAGGUCAUCCAGCUCUGAAUGAUCGAGGUAGGGAUACCUUGAGGCGUUUACUUUUAGCAUAUGCUCGACAUAAUCCUUCUGUUGGAUAUUGCCAGGCAAUGAAUUUCUUUGCUGGAUUAUUGCUUCUUCUUAUGCCAGAGGAAAAUGCCUUUUGGACCUUGGUGGGAAUUAUUGAUGACUACUUUGAUGGGUAUUACACGGAGGAAAUGAUAGAAUCCCAGGUUGAUCAACUAGUAUUUGAAGAGUUGAUGCGUGAAAGAUUUCCCAAAUUGGUCAAUCAUCUAGAUUACUUGGGAGUGCAGGUGGCAUGGAUUUCUACACCGUGGUUUAUCUCCAUUUUUGUUAAUAUGCUUCCUUGGGAAAGCGUUCUUCGCAUUUGGGAUGUGAUUCUAUUUGAAGGAAAUCGCGUUAUGCUGUUUCGAACGGCCCUUGCUUUAAUGGAGCUACAUGUUCCUGCCUUAGUUACAACUAAGGAUGCUGGGGAUGUCAUCACUAUGCUGCAAUCCCUUGCUGGCUCAACAUUUGACAGCAGCCAACUUGUUUUGACUGCCUGCAUGGGGUUUCUAGCUGUUACUGAAGGCAAAUUACAGAAGUUGAGAGAAAAGCAUAGGCCAACUGUGCUAAUGAUUGUCAAGGAAAGAGCACAAGGAGCUCAAGUUUCCAAAAAUUCAAAAGGAAUUGCUACUAAGCUGUAUAGUUUUAAGCAAAAUCGUGGACAAGAGGAAACAAAUCCUGCUGAAGAUGACGGAAACGUUUGUAAGUUGGAGCCCCGUUCCUCUGAUCUGGAUAAACUGCUCUGUAGCCUAAAUGCAGAUUUAGAAGUUGGUUCCCUCCCAUCUCUUCGGGAUCAGGUUGAUAGGAUGAAGGUUGAGUUGUGUAGGUUGCUCGAGGAAAAAAGAGCUGCUAUACUCCGAGCUGAUGAGCUUGAGAUAGCACUUAUGGAGUUGACCAAAGAAGAUAAUCGACAAGAACUGAAUCAAAAGAUUGAACAGUUAGAGCAAGAGGUGGCUGAUCAACACCAAGCUCUUGCUUUUAAGAGAGAGCAAGAAGCUGCAAUGCUUAAGGUUUUAGAGCAGCUGGAGCGGGAGCAAAGGAUUGUCGAAGAAGCUCGCAAAAAAGCAGAGAAAGAAGCAGCUGCCUUGAGAGAAGCAAAUGCUGAGCUUCAGGAAAAGUACGAGAAGGCUUUGGCUUCUAAUGCUGAAAUGCAGAAGAGGGUGGUUAUGGCAGAAUCAAUGUUGGAGGCUACCUUGCAAUAUGAAUCUGGCCAAGUUAAACCACAAACUUCACAGACUCAACGAGCCAAUUCUGGACGAAAGGGAGGAGGGAUAUUGUCAUUUGGACUUGGCUUGCGGGACAAAAUCAAGGGAAUACAUAAUGUUGAGGAGCCUACAGAUGGUAAAUCCAACCAAAGUGCAACGGAGGAAGAAACUAACACCGAAGACGGAGAGAAGAGCUCUAGUUAGGAAUAGUCCUAGUGCCAUUGUUAUCCUUUAAUUUUUGUGCUUCUUUUUUGUAGUUUCAAAUAUACUGGCAACUAAUGAUAAGACUUAAGAGGGUUCUAUUUGUAUAAAAAGUGUUAAUUUUGAACCCUAGUAGACUUGUAGAACUAGGUUGAUUUGAAUAUAAUCAUAUGUGAAGCAGUAUAUUAUACAUUGUUCAGUAAUCAAAGAAUUUUGUUUUAGUUAUCCACAAAUGUUGAAUUCCAUGAGGCAAUACCAUCAUUUUAUGGAGGUUUCAUGCAUUUACUAUAGCUGCCUGGUAUGAAGGCUCACAUUAUAUUUUGAAUAAGAUAAAAAAAGGUUCAUGUGCAUAGAAAAACAGAAGCUACAAUAGCUUUAUAUAAUUGUGCCUUUUGCUUCAUAAUAAUUAAGCAAAAUUUGAUAAUAUGGCAUGCGUUUUGCAGGCCUUGUGAUUUCAUGUACAUUAAAAGAUGACACAAUUUAAUAACAUACCAGCAUCUAUCAAACACAAUUUAAUAACAUACCAGCAUCUAUCAACAGUUGGAAGAUCCAAAGAAGACCCAGAUGGUGAUGAUGAACCUCAGCCGGUAUCAACUUAACCUCCUUGUCCGAUCCCUUUCGGAACUGUUGCCACCAUUAAGCUUCUUAUCUCU